AUGAAGCUCGACGCCAGGCUACUGCGAUACAUGUCGCAAGAAGAAUUCAGAGUUCUCACUGCUACUGAAAUGGGAAGCAGGAAUCAUGAAGUGGUCCCUACUUCACUCAUUGCCUCUAUUGCUGGACUCAGAACUGGUGGAGCCCACAAAGCUAUUUCGGAACUGGCAAAGAACAACCUCAUUGCCAAAGUUCAAAACACAAAAUAUGACGGAUAUCGAUUGACUUAUGGAGGAUAUGACUAUUUGGCUCUAAAAUCCUUGUCUAAACGAGGAACUGUGUAUUCUGUCGGCAACCAAAUAGGUGUAGGAAAAGAAUCAGAUAUUUACAUUGUCGCCGAUGAGGAAGGGAAUCAGAGAGUCCUCAAGCUGCAUAGGCUCGGUCGAAUAUCGUUUCGCAGUGUCAAGUCGAAACGUGACUACCUCAAAAAUCGCAAAACUACAUCAUGGUUGUAUCUUGCUCGUUUGGCUGCUGCCAAAGAGUUCACUUUUAUGAAGGUGCUGCAUGAGCAUGGAUUUCCAGUCCCUCAACCAAUUGAUUGUAAUCGACAUUGUAUUGUUAUGAGUUUGAUUGAUGCUGUACCGUUAUAUCAAGUAAAGGAGAUUGGAGAUGCUGGCAAGCUGUAUUCGACACUAAUGGAUUUGAUUGUUCGAUUGGCUCGUUACGGUCUCAUACACGGAGAUUUUAACGAGUUCAAUCUCUUGAUUGCCUCGAAUGGAGACCCAAUAAUUAUUGAUUUCCCACAAAUGGUGUCUACAUCGCAUCGAAAUGCUGAAAUGUAUUUCAAUCGCGACGUUGAAUGUAUAAGGACAUUCUUCAAGAGACGGUUCCACUACGAAUCUGUCUUGUUUCCUAAAUUGUCGGUUGAUGCUGCUACCAAAGAAAUGCAGCUUGAUGUUGUAGUUGCUGCUAGUGGAUUUACUAGAAAGGAGCAAGAAUUACUAGAGCAGGCUCAAGAACUGCAGGAUGUUGAAAGUCAACAAGGAUCCGGUGAAGAGGAUUCUGAAAGUCAGGUUGAAGAAGGUAGUGGAUCCGAGGAAGAGGCUGUGAUAGGGGAAGGAGAAACUGCCGAGCCUUCUCUGAAGAGUGUAACGGACUCUGAAGAUGAAGGUGAUGCGCAGGAGGAGAAUCCAGAGUCAGUGGUGGUAGAAGGCCACGAAGAGCUCACGCCUUCUGAGAGUAUAGAGCCGCACACGACUGCUCGCUCUCAUACUACUACCGCCCCAGCCCGUAACGUCUUUAGUUCCUCACGGGCUAAAGUUCAAGUCAAGGGCAAUAGGAAUAAGGGCCGUAAUAAGAAUAAGACGAAAGUUACCAACGCAGAUUUUUAG